AUGGAAACGACAAGUUCGUACCAAUUUUCAAACCGAAGCAGUACAUUAUUACCCCCUGUUCCCCCAUUCUCUACGUAUCAUCUGUUAAGGAAUUGCAACUAUCUUCUAACGCAAGAAUCCGCACUAAAGUCAUUUAGAGACUUAUCAACAACAGACAAUUCUAGAUUAUCGGUAACCUCAGAUGAUGUUCACUUACUUUCCACACUAGAGGGAGAUAAGCCAUGCAUUAACUUGGUACCAUCAUCGCUAUUCACACCUUCAAAUAUAAUACCUUAUUCACCACAUGCCAUACAUUUAUUGCAAAGUGAAAAGUCUGGUGGUCCUCUUUCAGCAUCCAACAUAUUGCCUAAUCCAUUGAGUAGCCCUACUACAAAAAAGCAACGAAGUGAAAAAAAGCCAAUACCCAACGAACAAAAAGAUGACAAGUAUUUUGAAAGACGGAGAAGGAAUAAUCAAGCCGCUAAAAAAUCUCGAGACGCUAGGAAAAUGAGAGAAGAUCAGGUUGCUCUAAGAGCUACAAUACUAGAACACGAAAAUGCAAUAUUAAGGGCUCAAGUUCUCACACUUCGAGAAGAAACUUCAUCUUUAAGACAGCUCCUACUGCAAAGAAAAAUCUUCGAACUUCCACCUAGAAGUCAGAUAUGUGCAAACCUUACGCAAUAAAAAAAAAUCAAAAUGGCGUCAAGUUUGUUUGAGAAUUACGAUCGAUGAUGUGUGUUCACCAUAUAAUUUAACAUAUAAAAUGACAGCAAUCUUCGCACAUUUUCAAACCAACUCCGACGCCUUUUUUUCGAUCUUAUAUGGACGAUAAAGAAAUGUUGGUAUGUAAAAUUUAAAACUAACAUUG